UCCAUUCAGGAAAAAGGAAAUUGCGUUGCGUUUGCGAAGACCAAUCUCAUUUUUUGUUAGCGUCGGUUGUGUGAUCCUUGAAACUGUUGGUAGUUCAGCGUCGCAAGUCUGUGUAUUUUUUUUAUAAUUAUCACUUUAACCUGUUCAAGAGUUGAUUCGAGGUAAAGAUGGCACGUACUAAACAAACUGCAAGAAAGUCUACUGGAGGAAAGGCACCUCGAAAGCAAUUGGCAACUAAAGCUGCACGAAAAAGUGCACCAUCUACAGGUGGAGUAAAGAAACCCCAUCGUUAUAGGCCCGGAACAGUAGCCCUGCGUGAAAUCAGGCGUUACCAGAAAUCGACUGAAUUGCUUAUUCGUAAAUUGCCUUUCCAGCGUCUUGUGCGAGAAAUUGCCCAAGACUUCAAAACAGAUCUUCGUUUUCAGAGUGCUGCUAUUGGAGCUUUGCAGGAGGCAAGUGAAGCUUACCUUGUGGGUUUGUUUGAAGACACCAAUCUUUGCGCCAUUCAUGCCAAGCGUGUGACAAUUAUGCCAAAAGACAUUCAGCUGGCUCGGCGUAUCCGUGGAGAGCGAGCUUAAAAUCUUUUAAGCUCUUGUAUAACCAUUUCAUCACCAUCCAUGCAUAGUUUUUUAAACCUAAGUGUGUGUGUAAAACUUCUUUGUAUAUUUUUAUUUUUCUCCUGUAAUCGGUGGGUUUAUCACAUAUGAAAUUUAAGAACACGGUAUUGUAUUUGAAUGUUCAAUAAACUUUAAAUUAUCUUU